AUGGUUGGUUCAACAGUAUCCCCAAAAACAAUGUUAUUCGCAACAUUUUUUAUUCUAUUUUGUGUGAUAUCGGAUGCAUCGGUGCAUAGAUUAAACGUUCCAAGAGUUUUAUUACCGGUGUUUAAUGAUUUUGCUGUAAAUUUUACACUUGAAGUUACUGACGGUGCUUGCUAUCAAUGGUCAACAUCACGUUUAGAUAUUAUACAACUGAUUCCUAUAAAUGAAAAUGUAGAAAGGACUUGUUCUUCUGCUAUACUGAUUCAAACAAUAACAAGAGAAUCAACUAGAAACACAGCAAUAGUAUUGGCAGAAGAUGUCAAUACUGGACAAUUUUUAAGAUGUGAUGUUAUUGUUGAUGCCAUUUUUUCUUUAAAUCUUGUAACAACCACAAGGGAAUUAAUUAUAGAAGAAGCACCAGAAGCAUUUGAAGUACGCGCAUAUGAUGAACAAGGAAAUGAAUUCACAACUCUUGCGGGAGUAGAAUUUUUUUGGAGUAUAGAUAAUACUGAUAGGCAUAUGAUAGAUAUUAAAAUACCAAAUGAUGUUUUAAGAUUCAUGACAUAUCAAGAAUCACAAUAUGAAACCCCACAAACAGUUGCUGCAUUAGAUGCAAUUGGUAAAAAAGGACAUGUUGUAUUAUUGGAAGGAACAAAAACUGGCACAGCAAAGGUUUCUGUGAAAUUACCUUAUCCAGAAUAUAAACAUGUUCCACCAAUAGAAGUUGAAUUGAUUGUAAUAGCUAAUUUAAUUAUCAUUCCAUCAGAUAUUACAGUUAUGGCAUAUGAUAGCUUUAAAUAUAAAAUAAUGCAGGCUUGCCAAGGUCGUUUAGAAGAAAUAAAUUUACCAUCUAGCCAGUACUAUUUAGAAGCAGAAAAUCCGAACAUAUUAGAAAUUGAUAAUGAUCAUGAUUUUGCAUAUGCUAAAUUUUUAGGACGUACAAAAGUAUUCUUACAUGACAAGAAUGUUCGCGAUGAAUAUCCCGUUAUUUUACCAUCUGCUACAGUUAACGUGAAUGAUGUAGCUUACAUAACUCUUGCUGUUUUACCUAAUAGAAAUUGGGGUUUAAUACUUGGUCAUACUCAUGAAAUUGUAGUUGAAUUGUAUGACAGUAAAGAUCAUAAAUUCCACAUUGGGGAAGGUGUUGAAGUAUCAGUGAAGCUAGAUGAAUAUUACUUUCAACCAAAAUCAAUAACACAAAAUGGUACUUACAUUGUUGGUGUACCUGUUACAUGUGGAACAAUGACUGUUGAGGCUACACUUUAUGGUAUAAUUAAUAAACAUGGUAAAAAAGUUCCUCUUGCUUCACGUCCUACUACAAGAGCUGAACUUUUAAUACAUACUCCAGUCAUUAUUCAACCUAAAGUAUUGGCUGUUCCAUGGGAUUUUAAAGCUAAAUCAAGGUAUGAUAUAGUGUUAAAAGCAAAUGGAGGAGAUGGAUCAUAUGUAUGGUCAAGCAAGCAUCCAUCCAUAGCAACAAUCUCUCAAAAUGGAGGGAUAAGAAUUUUAGCAGCAGGUGCUACAGAAAUAAAUGUUGCAAUGACAAGAAAUCAGUAUAAUAAAGAUACAGCAAGAGUGUAUGUAUUAUCUCCUUCAAAAUUAAAAGUAAUUGAAUACAGUAUGGAAGCAGCUGUAGGAGAACCAAUUUAUCUUCAUAUUGCACUAUAUGGAAAGUUAAUUAAUGGAACAGAUUCCAAAGAAAUACCUUUCAAUGACUGUGGAGAUAUCAAUUUUGAGACGUACAUUCCAGAUGGUAAUUUUGUACAAACUGAUAAUAAGAUCAUAGAACCCAUAGGAAUUGCAUGUGCCGUUAUAGCAGUCACCAGCGUAGAUAUCGGAACAUCCGAAGUAACAGUAGUAUAUAAUGCUAAUGGCCAAUACUUAACCGAUAAUAUCACCGUAUCGGCGUAUGAAACUUUAAUAGCAGUACAUCCAAGUACUAAAGAGAGUUUAUUAACAGUGGGUUCUUCAAGAAAAAUAGUUUUUAAAGGUGGACCUCAUCCAUGGUCUAGCAAGCCUCAAAGUUAUUCACAGAAAAUUCAGGUUUCUGAUAAAAAAAUUGCUGAGGUAAUAGAACAUCAAAAUUCGCCAGCUGGAAUAUAUGAUUUGUCCGUUUUUGAAGUAAUGUGUAAAGCCCUUGGAGAGGUACAUGUAACAUACACAAUUUCAAAUAUUCCUUUACUGCCAAAUUGUAAAAGUACAUAUGCAUCCGAAAUGGUGAAAAUUAUAUGCGGUAAACCCAGACAUAUUUAUCUUCAGCCUGAAUUUAAAGACAGUAAAAACUGCCCCAUCAGUCUUAAUACAGAAAGAAUAAUGGCACAUAGCAAUAAAAAUUUAAAGCUAAUUACAAUAGUAAAAGACGAAGAAGGUAGAACUUUCGAUAAUAUUACGAGUUUACACAUUGAAUGGAACUUAAAACCCUCGUCUAUAAGUUUUGUAGAAAUGCCCACUGGUUCUAUAGAGGAAACAGUUACAGAUAUGAAUGUAGUUUUACCAAAGAAUUAUUAUCAAAAUGUUAUUUUUAAAAAGCAUUUUGGUACUCUUACGUUAACAGCUAAAGUUACAGGCUAUCAAAAAUAUAUACUAAGCAAAUUAAAAAUAAUACCUGAAUGGCCACCUUUUGCUAUUGAAACUGAAAGAAAAAUUUAUGAAACUCCUCAUAUAGAGGCUUCUAUAGAAAUAGUUUUAGUCAAUGAUACCAGUAUUAACCCUAGUAAAUUAAUGGUGUUAAAUGAUCCUACUGGAAAGUAUUACCUGCAAGUGAGUCAAGGUUCUGGUUACUACGAGUUUGUAUUGAGUGCAGAUGAUAUUGCAGAUGUUCGAUAUAUAGAGUCGACAAAAGCAAUUAGUUUUGUUCCAAAAAAGUCUGGAGUACUUCAUUUAUCUUUGGUAGAUCUUUGUUUGCCUUCAAAACCGGCUGAAGUCACAAUUGAAAUACAGCAACUUGCCGUAAUAGAAAUAGAAACAGUGAAUAAAAUUGAAAAGGGGAAAUGUAUAGUAGCGGCAUUAAAACUUUAUGAUACAAAUGGUCAUAUUAUAAAAUUGCCAUCUUUAAGUGCUUUAGAAUUUAAAGCUGAAAUCGAUAACGAAGGUAUAGAAGUUAAACAAUUACCUGCUAGUGAACAUGGUAAUCCUCCUUAUAGUCAGUUAUUGUAUAUGAUAUAUGGAAUGGCAGAAGGAGAAUCGCAAUUAACUUUUGUGAGUAAAGGCGGCGAAAAAGAAAUACAAAGUGAAUCAGCGACUAUUCAAGUCUUCGUUCCUUUAAGAGUUUUUCCAAAAAAUUUAACAAUACUAGUGGGGACUGUUUAUCAAGUGCAAACAACAGGAGGUCCAUCAAAUGCGGAAAUUGAAUUCUUUACAAAAAAUAACGAUAUCCUUAAUGUUGACCACAAUGGUAUAUUUGAGGGAAAAUCAGUUGGACAAACGAAAGUUAUUGUUAGAGCGAUAGGUCUUAAUGCUAAAGGCAACAAGGUGAUAUAUUCUGAAGAUCAUGCGGAUAUACACGUGUUGUAUCUUGAAGGAGUUAAAAUUGUUGUGCCAACGAGUAGAGUAAAAGUAGGUGCAACGUUACCACUUUGGGCGUUUGGUAUCCCGGAACAUUUAACUCCCCUUAUUAUAGGAUCUAUGCAGUUACCAUUAAUUUUUAUGUGGUCAUCCAGUGAUUCCAAUUUAAUAACUUUGCAUAAUAUGUACGAAGGUACUGGCAUUAAUAUAAGAUAUCAGAAUGAGGUAUCUUUGAGAGCUAAGGCAAUUGGUCCUGGAUUGGCAACUAUUUAUUUAAAUGUUACAAUGCCAUCUAAUAUUCUAGCUGGUUUUAAAAAUGAUGUAACAUACACUACAUUUUUAAAAGUUGAAAUUUUUGAAGAAUUACGUUUAACGCAUCAGGGAGUACCUUUCAAUGUGCCAGUAAUACUAAUGUCUCCAAACUCUGUUUUAAAAUUACGAACGAGUCGUGACAAACAUGGUUCAACUACAUACAAAUUAUUGUCAACUAUGCAUGGAAGUGAUGCUGAGGAUUUACAUGCCUUAACACCAGCAUCCAAAACUGUUACUAUUGAUAAAAAUGGUAUUAUAAAGGCUGGUGAAAAUUUGGGAAAAAUACUUAUUUCUAUUACAAAUACAGAAGCAUAUAAUUUGAAACAAUCAAUAACUGUUAUUGUUGAAGUCAAACCCAUCCAUUAUAUGAUGCUAUCUUUAAAAUCAAUUUUACGAAUACGAAAUGGGGAAGAAUUAAACAUGUUACCCAAAGGAAUGGAAUUGGAUUAUAUUCUAGAAUAUUACGACAAUGUUGGAUCAAAGUUUCAUGCUGCAGAAGUCGAUGCUAAAACUAUAUUAAAUCGGGCUGAUUUGGCUUCAUUUGUUAAAAGUUCUGAAAGUGUAGUUACUGCAAAAUUUAUUGAGAAUGGAGAUCUUGUUGUUAAAGCAUACAAUGAAAGGUAUCCUAAUGCAAUGUUUGAUUAUGUACACAUGAUGAUCGGCGAUAUAGUUUUUCCAACAAAGACAACGCUAACGGUGGGCGAUAUAGUAUGCUUUUCAAUGCCACUUCUCUCUCCUGAUGGUGAUCCAGGUUACUGGCAAUCCUCAGCUCCUGAAGUUUUAACUGUAGAUCCUAUUACAGGAAUAGGACGAGCGAGGAAUGUUGGAUAUGCAGUAGUAAAACACAGUCUUGCAACUCAUAUGCAAGGUGAAAUAGAAGUUAAUAUUCAACCUAUUGCAAAGAUAUCAAUUGUCCCAUUAAGGGGUCGAAAUAUUACUGGAACUGAAACAUUUAGUGUUCCUCUCGUACUUAAGAGUAAGGAUGAACAAGUUAAAGAAAAUAAUGUUUUAUCUAGAGGAUUAGGAGGCUGUAGAACGUUUAGUUCUUUUACUUUAAAUUCGUAUCCUUACACAUGUAACAUACAAUUGGUUUCAUCGACUUCUACUAUCGGAGUAAAAGAUUUGUUUCUUGUUAAACCACGAUUUGAUAUUACAACUGGUUUUUAUUAUUGUGAUGUAAUGCCAAUGGGUUCUCCAAAUAUAAUUUCCAGUACAUUAGAAAGCCGUAUUCAAAUAAAUGCACAAAGUAAGGAUAUUGAAGCUGUACCUUUAGAAGUUACAUAUCUUCCACCUGUUUAUGUUGAUGCCAAGGAAAUCGUUUUCAUUAACGCUCAUUCUCAAACCAUACCAACUGCAACACUUGAAGUAUAUGGCCUUCAAUCUGUAUUGGAUCAUCUUACUAUUGAUACACCGGAUGGAUUAACUGUAAGUGCUCGGCAAUACAUUUCAAAAUCUACAAUGCAAUAUAAACUUCGUUUGAUGCAUAGUCAAGAGGAAAUUCAAGGUCAAAAAGUUAUCAUUGCAAAUGAUAUUACAAAACAAAAUAUAUCUCUUUUCGUACGUGUAACGAAAUACGAACAUUUCAUGCCGUUAUCUGGAAUUCAUUGGGUAGAUUAUAUGUAUUUCCAUCGCUAUACAUUUGGAACUUUUGCUGUUAUUGUAAUUACUUUCUUCUAUAUAUGGAAAAAUAAAAUUACGAAUAUUGAUUUAAAUAUCAAAAAUAGAACAGUGUUUGCUGACAAAUGUCCACCGCAAUUGAAAAAGACUAGUACUGCGUGUUCAACUCCGUUAAAUUGUACAAAUAUGUCUAUGUCGCGGACUCCAGUUACACCAAACAUGUUUGCAUUUGAUUUUCCUGUUUAUGGCGAUCCUCGUGGUCCUUAUUCAACAAGUAAACGAAACAGAUCAAUGAAUACAUCUUAA